AUGCCAACAACAACCAAUAACAACCCUAACAACAACCCCAAUAACAACCAUAACAACAACCCUAACAACAACCCCAAUAACAUCCCUAACAACAACCCCAAUAACAACCCUAACAACAACCCCAAUAACAACCCCAAUAACAACCCUAAUAACAUCCCCAAUAACAACCCUAAUAACAACCCCAAUAACAACCCUAACAACAACCCUAACAACAACCCCAAUAACAACCCUAACAACAACCCCAAUAACAACCCUAACAACAACCCCAAUAACAACCCCAAUAACAACCCUAACAACAACCCCAAUAACAACCCUAACAACAACCCCAAUAACAACCCUAACAACAACCCUAAAAACAACCCCAAUAACAACCCUAACAACAACCCCAAUAACAACCAUAACAAAAACUCCAACAACAACCCCAAUAACAACCCUAACAACAACCCCAAUAACAACCCUAACAACAACCCUAACAACAACCCCAAUAACAACCCUAACAACAACCCCAAUAACAACCCCAAUAACAACCCUAACAACAACCCCAAUAACAACCCCAAUAACAACCCUAAUAACAACCCCAAUAACAACCCCAAUAACAACCCUAACAACAACCCUAAUAACAACCCCAAUAACAACCCCAAUAACAACCCCAAUAACAACCCCAAUAACAACCCCAAUAACAACCCUAACAACAACCCCAAUAACAACCCUAACAACAACCCCAAUAACAACCCUAACAACAACCCCAAUAACAACAACCCCAAUAACAACCCUAACAACAACCCAAAUAACAACCCCAAUAACAACCCUAACAACAACCCCAAUAACAACCCCAAUAACAACCCUAAUAACAACCCCAAUAACAACCCCAAUAACAACCCUAACAACAACCCUAACAACAACCCCAAUAACAACCCUAACAACAACCCCAAUAACAACCCUAACAACAACCCCAAUAACAACCCUAACAACAACCCUAACAACAACCCCAAUAACAACCCUAACAACAACCCCAAUAACAACCCUAACAACAACCCCAAUAACAACCCUAACAACAACCCCAAUAACAACCCUAACAACAACCCCAAUAACAACAACCCCAAUAACAACCCUAACAACAACCCAAAUAACAACCCUAACAACAACCCUAACAACAACCCAAAUAACAACCCUAACAACAACCCAACAACCCCAAUAACAACCACAAUAACAACCCCAAUAACAACCCCAAUAAUAACCCUAACAACAACCCAAAUAACAACCCUAACAACAACCCAACAACCCCAAUAA